UGCCAACGUCGAAUGCUCCCUACUCAGACCGCGCAUAGUGAAGGAGUAUUAUUAAACCGCUCACCGCUGCAGUGAGUGUGCGUGUACGCCCCGGUCAAAUAUACAGCAUAACCUCGAUCAACAUGGCGUCAAGGUACUGGAAGUAUAUCAUCGCUGUUGCCGUCUUCAUGCAAUAUCUGGUGUCCCUCGGCCCCCUGUACAACUACAGUGUCUUUUUAGGGCCACUGCAGACCGAGUUUAAGACCAGUGCCGUUUUGACAGGAUGGGUGGGCUCGUUGGCCGCUGCCAUGCUUGGUACCAUGUCUCCCUUCACGGCAAUCCUGUCCUGGAAGAUUGGCAACGUGCGCGUGGUCUUCCUCGGGGUUAUUCUGUCGGCGGCCGGAUACCUGUCCACCUCCUUCAUCUCUUCGCUGCCCCAAGCCUACCUGACGUUUGGAUUACUGACGGGAGUGGGCGCAGGGUUCAUGGUCUGUGGGUCUGCCAGUGUGCUGAUGGAUUGGUACCUGGGACAAGGGGGCGCCUGUCGGUCAACAGGGGGCGCCAUGAUCGGCUCCUCCGCUGGUGUCAUGGUGGUGGGGCCUUUGGCCAAUUCGUUCACCGCAUCUCACGGCUGGAGGAGCACCUUCCGAUUUCUCAGCGGGGUCACGCUGGGACUCGGGCUGGUGACGGCCCUACCCUUCCUCAAGGCCGCGGAGGACCCGGCGAGUGAUCAAGACUGCACCAACCCUAAACCCGAAGUUCCCGUGGAGUCUGGAGCGCCUGACCAAGGUCAGGUAGCCGAUGAUCAGGCACGCAGCGGCUCCGACUUAACGGGAGAUGUCCCAAGUCGCGUUGGGAGUCUGAAGUCGUUCUGUGAGAAAGUGCUGAAUGUCGAGGUGUGGCUGUGGGUGUCAUCCAUCACCACCGCUCAGCUCGGCUGGACCUUUGCCAUUAUCAACUUCUCGAGCUUCAUGGAAGGGAUCGGGCUCUCUACCGAGAGGAUAUCAGUGGCCCUGACCGCCUCGGGAGCUGGCGAGAUCCUGGGCAAACUCACCGUUGCCGUGUUCGGGGAUCGUCUGCCGUGCCUGAAGCUGUACGUGGUGGUGGUGAGCUCGGUCGGCGGGGCUGUGAUUUCCGGCCUCUUCACCGUCUUUUCAGCAUUCUGGAGUACGGUCGUCUUGGCAGUCGUUUGGGGCUUCUGUCGUGGAGGUGUUCAUGGCGUGUGCUUCGCAGCUGCGGGUGAACUCUUCCAGAACUACAGCCCUCGCGCUGUUGUUGCCAUCGCUGUACUCGGCUUCGGAACGGGCGUGCUGAUUGGCUCUCCGUUGACAGGUGUAUUUUACGAUUUGACAGGCGACUACACCUUGAGCCUGUUCGUGGUGGUGGCGAGUUUCGUCGCGUCGGUGGUGUGUGCGCUGUUGAUUCCCCUCAAGAGGGCGCUCAUGUCCCGGGUAUUGUGCCGCCGGAGACCAGCGGAUGAUGCAAGUUCACAAACCCGUGGCAACAAUGCUAACAAAGACGAGGAUACGAGGGCUCCACCCACAGAGGAGAAUGUGCGAUAUCGAAGUGUGGGAGCCUCUAACAUGGCAUACGAGAUCGAAAGCAAAAUUUAAAUACGAUAAUUACGACAAAAUGGUUCGUUGUGCAUAUUGAUAUCAAUGGGCAUCAUGGGCCCUCAAGGGAUUGGGUAGGAAUGAAUCGAAAACGUCAUUGAUUGUACCAAGUCAUGAAAUAUGUUAUCAUAUUUUCAACGCAGAAUCGUAGAGGUAAGUUCGAUUUUAACGGGACUUUCACCCAAUGUUAAAAAUAACCUCAGGUGUUUGUACAUGUAUAAAGGAUAUGCGCUCAUUUAUUUCGUAGUUCUGUUUCUCUGUCCUUAUAUCGCAAGCCGCAAGCCAGGUAGCUUUUGCUCCCAGUUGGUGGUUGCUAUUUGCCCGUACACUUUCAGGUAAUGUCCUUGCUAUCAAAUACUCAGGCAACUGCUGUACAUUGUCAAGUGCUAUUGUUUGCACCAAGAAUGGAUCCCCAACCGAUUUUUUUUUUUUGGGGGGGGAAGGAUGAAAUUUAUUACUUUUGGGGUCAAAAGAUGCAACUAAAUAUAUCUUGUUUAUUUUCUGUGGCCCUUCUCAGUGGCGGAGGAAUGGAUAUUGAACAAGGCUAACAAAAACUUGCCUCCAAAAACCACACUACUGAAAGCUGGUCCUCCGCCAUCCACCCUUGGGUUGCACCGGACGUGCUUCGGUGAAAGUCAUCACGGUGAGGCGUAUACACUUUGCCUCCAAGUAGAAAUAACGGCUGGUGCACACGUUUAGCAUACUAGUCGUUUUUUCGCUUCAUUCAUGAAAAGUUAACUAUUGACCUGUUUAAUCUUUUAAUUUUUAUUCUACAAAUAAAGGGGUUUCAUGAAUAAUUUGUUGCCCCCAGAAGUGAUUGAUACUCUCUCGUAUUAUGUAUGAAGUUAUUUUUAACUUGGAAAGUUGAAGUUGGUUUAAUACUGUAUUAGACAUUGUAAUGGUUUAAAUAGUCAGAAAAUUCCAUCAUGGGAACAAAGCGAAUCGCGGAAGUGUUUGCAAUUUUAAACUAUUCAAAAUUUAAUUUAGAAUGAUCGAUUAACACAUAUAUUGAAAUUUGUUCCACUUAAAUAAAGCACGCAGAAGCCAGGAGAUUAGCUGAAAUAUUGCGAAACAAAAUUCGUUUGUAAAUAUGCAUCGUUUUGAGUGACUAAAAACUUAAGAAAUCCGUAAAAACGGUUUGAAACAGCCUACUCAUUGUAAAAUUUAAGUAAACACAAUGAUUUCUAUAAGAUUUUAGACAAAGAGAUAUAUUUUCGACAACUGAUAUAGGUCACCGUAGGUCAAUGGAAAUAAUUCACCAUUUCCCUGAAUGUGUAUUCAUAGCAAGAAAAAAAAGUUUGUCGUUGUAAUAAAUCGAGGCAUAACAGCAGCUGUAUAAAAUAUUUAGGCAUUUGUAUAUACUGUAUAUACCUACACGUAGCGAAUGUUGGAUGGAAAUGAAGCGUUAUAGAUCAAUAUCCUCUUUCGUGUUUAAUAUACGCAGAAGCAGCUUCCAAAUUGUGAUAAAACGGGUGUUGUGAGAUAUUAAACGAGGCUGUAAAAUGGA